AGCGCCGGCGCAAACGCCCAUUCGCCGUGCGCACUAUGCCUUGGGCGAUUCUCCCACAACGUCCGCGCCUGCAACUCUCGGAACCUCUGGAGUGGAAAGCGGGCUUACUCCUCGCGCGACGAGCGCGGGUACCUCGUCGGCCCCAACGGCAGCAGCAUCUGCACCGAUUUCCAAAUCGCGCGAGGGUGUCGGUGUACGCACACGCACACCUACCAGCACAUUUGCUCC